AUGUCUAUUUUCCACAGCUACGCCCUGCGUGACGUGCUGGAGGUGGAGCCGGUGUACUUUCAGGAGCGCGUGGCCAUUGCCGCCGCGUCCUCCGCGGCCGAAGAGGACGCGGGGGAGCCGCUCGACGCGCAGCAGCGCUACCAGGCAUCCUUUGAGGACGUCCUUAUGCACCGCCUCACGGAGCGGUAUGUGGGAAAGAUCGUGCCGGGGUGCGGGCUGUGUGUCGCCAUCCACGAGAUCCUGCAGUACACGGAGGGCAUCGUGCGGGGACCCUCCGCGUCGGCGUGGCUCACGGCCCAAUUCCGGCUCUGCGUUUUCGCUCCAACGCCAGGGGCGCGCCUGCGCGCGACGAUUGUCGCGCAAAAUCGCGAGGGCAUUUUUCUCACGCUGGACUUCUUUCAGUUUGUGUUCCUUGUGCCCGGCGACCUCCUUGUUGCGCCCUCCUCCUACCAGGAGGAGAAGCAGUGCUGGGCGUUGCAGGUGGAGGGCGACGAGGAGGAGGAGGAGGACGCGGGGGAGCCGGCGCUCAACCCGUACGUAAACGGCGACGAGGUUGUUGUGAAGGUCGAGCGCGUCACUGUCCGGGAGUUGGUAGACUUCCACGGCAGUGUCGGGGGGAAGAGCGGCGACGGGGCCGGGAGGGAGGGCUCACCUGCGUCGCAGUCGCCCAUGGAAGUGUGGGGCAGCUUUGUGGGGACAGGCCUGGGGCCGGUGCUGUGGUUUGGGAAGUAA